GAUCUAAGAAGGAAGGAGAAAUGGCAGAAGGUGCAUUCAGCCUAGUUAUACAAAAUUUGGUCCCGUUGUUAGCCCAAGAAGCGAAAUUGCUUAAGGGUAUCCAUGAAGAAGUUAAAAAUAUCAUACGUGAAAUGGAUAUGAUUCAAUCUUUCCUUAAGGAUGCUGAUAUAAGGGCCGAGAAGGAUCACAUGGACAAUGUAGCAAAGACAUGGGUGAAACAAGUGAGGGAAGAAGCUUAUCACAUAGAAGAUGUCAUUGAUGAAUACAUACUCAUUUUCCAAAACAACCUCAAGGGCAAAGGCAAUGCUUCUCUUUUCUCCGUAAGGUUUUUCACAUUAUCAUAAACCUAAAUGCACAACAUGUGAUAGCCUCUGAGAUUCAAGGUAUCAACAUGAUGCUCAAGAACAUCAAAAAGAGUGGUGAAAGAUAUGGCUCCAAUGUCAUAGAGCAAAGAAGAUCCAAUAGUGAUGCUAUAAGUGAUACAUGGCAUGAUCCUCGAAUGGCCUCUCUACUCAUUGAGGAAGCAGAGGUCGUGGGCAUUGAGUCUCGUAGAGAAAAAUUGAUAAAUUGGUUGGUAGAAGGUCCAUCAAAUCGCAUGGUGAUUUCAACGGUUGGUAUUGGUGGGCUUGGUAAGACCACUCUUGUAAAAAAAAUGUAUGAAAAUGAUAAAGUGACAGCACACUUUGAUUGUCAUGCUUGGAUCACAGUGUCUAAAUCAUACAAGAUGGAGGAGCUAUUAAGGAACAUGAUAAAGCAACUCUACAAGGCAAAGAAGCAAUCUAUUCCUGUGGAAAUUGACACAAUGGAACAAACAACACUAAUGGAGCAAAUAAGGCUCUAUUUACAUGAGCAUAGGUAUGUAGUAGUUUUUGAUGAUGUGUGGAAAAAAGAAUUUUGGGAUUACAUAGAACUUGCUUUACCUAAAAAUGAAAAAGGCAAUAGAAUAUUAAUCACAUCUUGAAAUGAGGAUGUUGCUCCUUCUAAUUAUUUGUAUAAACUACCAAUUCUACCUUUAGAAAAAGCUUGGGUGCUCUUUCGCAAGAAGGUGUUCCAACGUGAAGGGGGGCUUUACCCCCCUGAGUUAGUUAAGUUAUCAUGUGCUGUUGUUGAGAGAUGUGAAGGAUUGCCACUAGCAAUUGUUGCUAUAGGGGGUAUUUUGUCAACCAAAGACAAGGUUAUUGAUGAAUGGCUCAAAUUUCAUAAUAGUCUUAGUUCAGAGUUAAAAAAUAAUCCUAAUCUACAAGAUAUUUCCAAAAUUCUAUCCCUUAGUUAUCAUGAUCUAUCUUACAACCUCAAAGUUUGCUUAUUAUAUUUUGGAAUGUUUCUUGAGGACUACUACAUUAAUUGUGCAAGACUAAUUCGACUUUGGAUUGCAGAAGGUUUUGUAAAAGAAAUGCAAGGGAUAACAUUGGAAGAGGUUGCACAAGGCUAUUUAAACCAACUUAUUCAUAGAAGCUUGGUUCAAGUGAAUGUAGUCGUUUCUAUUGGCAGGACUAGAAGUUGUCGUAUUCAUGAUAUGAUGCUUGAGGUCAUUCUUUCUAGGUCAGAGGAGUUGGGUUUUCAUUUGGUCUCAAUGCAGAACUACACAAAUUUUAAUAGAAUUUUUCGUCGUCUCUCAAUUUAGAACAAUGUAAAAGCUCCUUCAUAGAGUGCUACUACUUCCCAA